AGAGCCUAAAAAGUUUUCAACAAUCAAAUCAAGCCAACAGAAUUAUAUGAUGUUCAAGAUGACUAGCCUAGUAGGAGCCCUGAUGACCGUGUCCCAGUUGAUAUACGCCGCACAGGGAGCGGCGUUGGAAUGCCCAGAUGGUUACUACUUCACCAACUCCCAUUGUAUCCUGAAGGAGACCUCCCUCAACCCCGAGACAUGUCCUCUCUCCACCUCCAACCCUCCCGAAAACGGCAAGGCCUCCUGUCAGCUCGGCUCCACGCACAUGUGGUACAUAAAUGUGGGCGGCUCUAGAACGGAUUGGACCAAAGGAACAGACGCCUGGUGUCUGAGUACGUACAGCAGGCCUAUCACAUGGGACUUCACCAACGAUUGCCAGUACUCGAGCAAUGAAGCCGAUUGCCUUCAGAUGCUUGAGUGGGCCGGUUGUGCACAAUCAACUCCCGAAGAGGUCCAGCUGUUCGGCAUCAUUGAAAACCAACCAAGGAUUGGAACGUGUGACCACGCGGGUCAAUUCAUGGUGGAUCCAUACAAUCGAUGCAAAUAUUACCAAUGCGUAUGGGCUGAUAGUGCCAAGACAAAGCUUAUGCCACAAUCGAUGGAGUGCGAACCAGGAACAACUGUCCCCGCGGACUACGCAACUGGUGACCCAUGUACCGGCGGUGACCUGCCAUGCUACUGAGACACAUCGGACAUGAUUCUCGAAAAACAUUCUCGAAAUCCAAGGAUAUUAUUCUUCUGCUAACAAUUACCAAGUACAUUAUCUGAUUAAAAUCCUGUACAUAAAGAGUAAGAUUUACGAGUGACAUUUUUAAGGAUGCAGACAGCUAAAUGGCAGCCAAUUAUCUUUUACGAUCACACCUACACCCUUAUGAAGAGGACAGCUUUAUAAUAUUGUAUAUAACAACUAAGAUCUGAUUUACUGCUUAUGAUGGGAUAAUAAAAGACAUAAUAAAUUGACACACACACACAAAUACAACAUAAUUGUCUUUUAGUGGACAAGCCUAUCUUUGAGGAUUGUCAAACGAUGGCGUAGAUACCGUUGGC